UUAGGGUGGCCACCGUUGCAGUAGGUGGUAGCUGUUAGUGUUGUUUAAUUGAGCAAAGAAGAAGAAGAGCAAGUAAUAUUGGGCCACACACAAAUGCAGAGAUAACUAAGAAUUUUGGAUUCGUUUUCUGUGCAAAAGAGAGAGAGACGCAAACGAAGUGCAAUGGCCACCUAUUCCAACCAGCACUGGCUGCUCUCGCACAUCCGCAACUCGUUCAUAUCGACGGACGACACGGGCAUCUGCGAGACGGUGAUGCUCAGCGACGAUAUGCCAAAGCAUUAUCUGAGGAAAUUCCAAACUGCCACCACAACGAUGGACGCCUACAGACGCAGCCAGCGGUUGCAGGCGUCCCACCAACAGCAGCGCAAGCAUCCGGAGCAGCGGUCGGCGCCACUACAUCAGCAUCAUAUGAUGGCGCCACGGAUAGCGGAUCAGCCGCUGCAGGAAGUUGACUUUCUGUGUUACCCCGGUCUGGAUCUGAGUGAUGACGAAGAUAUGGACAUGUCCACGCACUCUUUCGACAUACAAAUGUAUCCCGAGGUGGGCGCACAUCGAUUUCGCUCCAACACCGCACAGAAACUGGAGAAACUGGACAUAGCAAAGCGCAAAGCGGCGAGAAUCAAAAGCGUCAACUACAACGAGGAGGUGCAGCCGCCGGAUCGCAAGGAUUUCUUUCAGCGCAAGGCGCUGAGCGAGCCACCCGCAGACAAGCCCACAAUAUCUACUAAAACAAAAACAACGACGACAUUAACAAAAUCAGCGACGACGACAACAUCAACAAAAUCGAGCAGCGAUGACGAUCUCUCCGACAGGGGCGUGCGUAGCAUGCUGACGGAGCAGCUGGCGCGGAGUCCGAAACAGACACAGAAUCGUUUCAUUGAAUACGCUCGCUUUGAUGGCACCGCCCAGGUGGGCAUGCCCACCAAACGCAUCAAUGUUUAUGUAAAUAUGCUGCCAGAGCCGGAGCGCAAUUAUCCGCUCAAAAUCUGUGUGCUGGCAACGGCGAAAAUCAUUGAGGUGAUUGGGCUGGUGUGCUACAAAACUACCCUACAGUAUACGGAUGCAGUGCAGCUGAAGUCUGUACAGCAUUAUGCGUUAUAUAUGACGGAGGAUAACGAUGACAUGGAAGACUUUCCGCCACUCGACAAUCGUGAGCCGUGCUCCAAAUUUGGUUUCUCACACUUAACACUUGCCGAACGCCGUCCACUGGCGCCAGUGACGCGCAUCGAUUACCAGUUGGGCACCAAAUCAAUGACCUCCGAGGAGGACAAGGUGGCGAUGGCCGAUGCCGCUGUCCAUGCGCUGCAGCACAUCAAUCUGAAUGGCGAUGUGCCCGACAGUCCCCUGGACCAGGUCAAGGAGUAUGAGCAGCGACUGCUCAAUCACAACGAUAUGUUGGAGGCGCCCAUGCAUCGCACCUACCGCCUCACCAUCAUCGAUAAGCGUUUCUUCAAAAGCGACGUGACGCUGGCCGUGUCCGGCGAACGCAUUGAGAUCGAUCAGCACAAGAACACAAAAUUCUGGACGAAUCGAAAGCCGGUGUCGACGCCCAUCGAUCUGGUGGCGCAUUGUGAAAUUGUCGAGCAACGCCAGCUGAAAGCCGUGCUGCGCAUUUGGCUGAAAUCCAACUCUUCCAGCGGCAUCGCCACCAGCUGCACAUCGGCGCCGAGCGGCAGCACUGCAACGCUGAGCGGCAGCAAUGUUGGUGGUGGCUUUGGUCACUCACCGUCCAGUCCACGGCACAGUUCGGGCUCGAGUUCCAGUUCGCCGUUUGGACUGUUCUCGAGCGUGGCGAGCAUUCGGUUUAAACACUAUGACUUCGAUACGGAUGUGCAUACGGCGGAGCAGAUACGCAAUAAGCUCAAUUGCAUCCUGGAGAUGCGCGCCAGCGAUAUACGGCGUGAGUUCCUGCAUCAGCGCGAGCGGAAACAGGAGAAACAUCUGGCGAAGCGUCCGCUGAAAUUGUAGUAUUUUUGUUCCUAUGCUGGUGCGCCGCCUAGCGUGCAGUUGCCGUAACUAUUUAACUGUCGACUGCCCGCCCAAGACCUGCUCGCUCCCCGUUAUCCCCUUAACCCGUUAACCCGUUACUCUGUUAACGUUGUAUUUUAGUUGCUAAACUAAAGAGCGUGUGCUACACACGCUCCUACAUAGCCUUUAAGUAUUUAUUGCAACACUUAAGUAACUAAAAGAAAACCAACCAAUCCGAAGUGCAAAAAUGGAAAAAAUAAAUAGCAUCAAAGUUCAUAAUUAUGCUGAAA